UCGAUAUUUUACAGGUCUCAUUCCCAUAAGAAAUUCAAAAAAGAUACUUACAUUAAAUAUGAUUUCUGAUUCAAAUUUCUAUUAAUAAUAUUAUUUUAUUUUCAAUCAUAUAUCUAGUGUGUUGGGCUAAUAGGCGAUUCAGAGAAAGUAGUCGCCGUUAGUCACAGAAAAACUAGGACAUGGGAUAAAAAAGACAGAUGUAUUUAUUGUUGUCGCGAUUGUACAAAUUUCUCACGACAUUUGUAUCGAAAUCAUAAAGAGGAAGAUUCUGUUAAGAAAAUUUUGCAACUUCCGAAGGGGGAUAAAAAACGAAAACAUAUGAUAAAUUUCUAAAGGAAGGAAGGGAACUUAACUGUGCUUGAAGAAAAUAAAAUCAGACCGGUUCAAAGAGCUACACAAAAAUAUGAAAACAACGAAGUUCAAGAGUUCAUGCCAUGUACGUUUUGCAAAGGUAUAUAUCGGUUGAGAUCGCUCAGAAAACACUCAAAAAAAUGUUCUUACAAUCCACAUAAUGGUGAAAAAUAUAACAUCGCAAGUUUAGGACAAAAUCUAUUGAUUUUUAAAGAAUCUCGAAAACCGUUUUUGAAUAAACUGAGAUUGACGAAAGAGGUGUUUCCAAAAAUGCAUGCAGACAGAGCAUCCUUUAAUGGGAAAAACCCUAUUAUUUGCCAGUAUGCUGAAGAUUAUUUACGUAAACAUAAAAGACCUCACAUUAAAAAUGCGGUUUCUAAUAAAGUAAGAGAACUUGGUUGACUUCUUAUUCCUCUCCAAGAUAUUUAUGGAAUACGUACAAUGCUAGAAGCAUUCAACACAACGCAUUAUGAUAAAAUUGUCCAUGCAGCCCAAAUUAUUUCCGGUUAUGAUGCAACAUUAAAACAAUUUAAGUCACCCUCUUUAGCAAUGCACCUGAAAACAAUCCUAUUGGCAGCAUGUUUAGCAGCUAAGACAUUGCUGUUAAAGCAAGAUCCUGUAUUACCUGUCACUGAUUAUACACAAGCGCUCAAGAAUGUAAAAAAUUUUCGAUUAUUGGUUGAUGAACGGUGGAAAUUUGACAUGGGCAGUUUGGCUUUGAAAGACCUUAAUGAAAAGCAAGGGAAAACGCCCCAAAAGCUACCAGUAACAAGUGACGUUAUUAAAUUUCGCCAAUACGCUGUCAACACUGCUGAACAGAGUGUGGCUAUACUGCAAGAAAAUGCUAAUGACUUGUUAGCUUUUAAGAAAUUGACAGAAGCUACCCUUGUUCUGACUAUUUUACUUAAUCGAAAAAGAGUCGGUGAAGUACAAUACAUCAAAGUAGAUUCGUAUUCACAAAUCACUAUUAGUAAUGACCAGGAAGAGUGCCUAAAUGUAUUAACAGAGUCGGAAAAACUAUUGUCAGCAUAUUUUAAAAGAAUUAUAACAAUAGGUAAAGGUAGCAAAUCAAUUCCGAUUUUGUUUCCAAAAAAUGUGCAAACAUAUAUAAGUACACUUAUGUCUAGUCGGGAGAAAAAUCAGUUAAUCCCAAAGGAAAAUCCAUUCCUUUUCGCCUUAAUUGGUAGUAAAGAUAAAUGGAUAGACGGAUCAUCAGCGCUUCGUAAAUUUGCAGAACGCUGCGGUGCUGAAAAUCCGAAAACACUAACUUCAUCCCGCCUGAGGCAACAGAUAGCCACAGUACUUCAGUUGUUACAUUUGAAUGAAACGGAAAAGGAACAAGUAGCAUCCUUCAUGGGCCAUACAAAAAAAACCCAUGAGGAAUUUUAUAGAUUACCACAAGACCUGUAUCAAACGGCUAAAAUAGCCAAAUUAUUAUUAAUGAUGGACAAAGGGGAAGGUGCUGAAUUUCAAGGAAGAAAACUUGAUGAAAUUGAUGUAAACUUAGAGAGUUUAGACAAUGAAUGCUGUGCAGAGAUUGAAAGCGAUACUGAAUCUAUUAAUGAAGAAAAUUCUCAAGCUGAUGACUGUCUUGAAAAUAAUAACCAUGACUUUAGUUCUCAAGUCAGUGAAGAGACCACUCGUGUUGAACAGAAAAAGGGUAGAGUAUCUGAUGACUGUCUAGAAAAUAAUAACAACCAUGACUUUGGCUCUCAUGUCAGUGAAGAGACCACUCGUACUGAACAGAAAAAGGGUAGAGGAUCACAGCGUGGAUCAUGGAAUCAAAAACAAAAAUCUGUUAUGAAGGAAUAUUUCAAAAAACAUAUUUCAGGAAAGAUCACACCCAAAAAACACGAAUGUCUUCAAUUUCAAAGUAAGUACCAAGAUAUGUUCAUGAACAAAUCUUGGGUACAAAUAAAAGUGUUUGUCUAUAACACAUUUAAAAAUUUAAAAUAGAUGAUGCUAAAGACACUUAUUGUUUUAUAUUUACUUCUUGGAUAUACUUUUAAUAAACUUUUUAAUCCUAUCGUUUAUCAUUUACAAUACCUACUUGUUAAAUGAAACAGUCAAAUUUCAUAGUAAAAAUUGUAGGCACUCCAAAUAUUUCCUUUCUCUCUACUAGUUUUCGUUGAU